AUGUUCGCGAGACGUACGUUGAAGUCCAACGAAUUAAAUUACGGGAUCGCGGAGAAAGAGGUGUUGGCAUUGUUGCGGAUCCUGGAUCUCAACUAUAACAUUUUAGUUGGAAGGCCGAUCCGAGUGCUGACGCGAAAUUCCACACUGGCUUGGUUGUUUAGAAAAAAUGAAUUACAAGGCCGAUUGGGACAGCGGGACGCGUUGCUUUCACCCUGGAUGCUCGAGAUCGUCAAGAGAAACAAGGGCGAAGACGAGAUACUGGGCACAUUAGCAGCCAGUAUCACUCCCAGAUCCGAAGUCGACAAAGCGCUGAUCUCAAUCGCCCCAAAGAAGGAGCUGAGAAAUAAGAUCCAAGCCCUGAUCCCUACGGUGAGAUUGGACGAGGAUCUUUAUGUCGCCAGCCUCGACGGAUCUGCCCGUGUCGUGCGAGAUGGAGGCGCUUACAGCGCGAUCCUGUGGAAAUUACUUGAGUGGACUGUGGCGGAGGGCAGAUCCGACUGUGAGAUCGACUGCAAGGUGCCUGGAUUGACAUUGUUAAGACAAAAACCGUUGGACAGAUUGCGGAUCUGGCCGGAUCAUGAGUUGGUACAUGUGGAGCGGGAUUGGAACGGAAGUACAGAUAGCCUGGCUACUGCUGCAUUGCAACGACAAUUUGGAGACGACGAUGACACCGAUAGCGAGGUCCAGGAUCUGUUCGCAUUGAACCGACAAGAUAUUGGUGGUGACAUCCGAGGAUCUGCCAGUGGAGAUCUCAGCCGUUACAACUAG